UGGUUGUUGGGGUGGGCGGGGGAUGGUUGGAGUUUGCGGGUGAAGGUAAUGGGUCGGUAGUGUUCUGACGAUGGUAUGGUAUCCUGAUACCGGACUUUCGAAGCGUGAUGGUUGGGCGUGGUGUGGUUUGAGGGGUCGAAAGCGACUGGUAUCGAAAGCGACUUGUGUUGAUGAGGGAUGCAGACCCGGCUGCGGUGGUGUAUGCUUGUUCCGAUUCGAGGGAUGAAAAAGCGAGAGCUUUUGUUGAUGGAGAAUGGAGUAUCGAUCGGUGCUGAGGGUUGAGGAGGACGUACGGAUUGGGAAGACUCACAGAUGUUAGAGCGACUCAUGCUCGAUGUGGUCGAGCCCCCUUCACAUUGGAGUCAUCGGGGAAAGCGAAGUGAAGUCAAGAGCCAGCAAAAUGAUGAAGUGAAGGUCAAGUAUGCCGCAGCACGCACGUGCUACGUGUCUUUGAUGUGUGCGGCGGAGACGGAGACAGGGGGUGCGGGUAGUAUAUAUGGACCUUCCCGGAUACUCACUCUCUCGCAGACUCAUACACGGACAUCCACCAUCGGUAAUAUCGACUAGCAGCCAUCGAGAAUCAAUC